AUGGGUCAGGAUAUAUCUGAACACCGCGCGCCCCUGGAUGCAACAGUUUUCGAAAAGCAAUCCAACAAUCUGUACAAGCGCGAUAUCCAGACGACAGAAAGCGAAUCUUCUAAUGAUCCCAUCGACGAAAAGUUCCCCGAGGGCGGCCUUCGGGCCUGGCUGGUGGUACUCGGCGCAUGGUGUGCAAUGAUUCCAUCAAUGGGUCUUUUGAAUACGAUAGGGGUGCUGCAUGCAUGGACAGCCCAACAUCAGCUCGCUGCGUACUCUCCCUCAAGCGUUGGGUGGAUUUUUGGGGUCUACAGUUUCUUCUUGUACUUUGGCAGUGCGCAAGUUGGUCCCAUUUUCGACAGCCGUGGCGUUCUUCCAGUUGUUUUGCCAGGGUCAAUUGGCAUUGUGUUGGCCGUUUUCUUCUUCAGCGAGAGUACACAAUACUAUCAAAUCUUCCUUUCUUUCAGUGUUCUCGGCGGCAUCUCCUCCUGCUGCCUGUUCACUCCGGCAAUUGCAGCUGUCGGCCACUGGUUCAACGUUCGUCGCGGUCUGGCCACAGGGAUAGCCUGCACGGCCGGCGGACUAGGCGGGGUCUUCUUCCCCUUGAUCAUUCUAUACCUCGGCCCUUCGCUCGGAUUCACCUGGGCACUGCGGAUCAUCGGAAUCAUCUGCUUCGUACUAUGCGCACUCGCCUGCCUUUUACUUCGCACCCGACUCCCGCCCAACCGCCAAGCCGGAAUGGCAAUCGAUUUCAAAGCCCUCCGUGAGCCCAAAUAUGCAGCUACCACUCUCGCGGUCUGGCUGGUAGAGUUCGCCGUCUUCAUUCCAUACACCUACAUCUCCUCGUACGGACUAUAUGCUGGCAUGGACUCGUCUCUCGCAUACAAGCUCAGCGUGUUCCUCAAUGUCGGCGCGAUCCCCGGCCGCGCGUUGCCAGGAUUGCUUGCUGACCGCGUUGGCCGGUUCAAUAUCAUGUCAUUGACGGCGCUAGUCUGCUCUAUAUUAACCCUGGCGCUGUGGUAUACAGCGGGUGAUAAUGACGGCGCCAUCAUCGCCUACGCGACAUGCUUCGGGUUCUGGAGUGGCGCGGCGAUUAGUUUAACCCCGGUGUGUAUCUCACAGGUUUGUCGCACAGAGGACUAUGGGAAGCGCAAUGGGACGACCUUUACGCUGGUGAGUGUGGGCACUUUGACGGCGAUUCCUAUAGCCGGUGCCAUCCAGGAGUAUAACCAUGGGGAGUACUGGGGAUUGAUUGUAUUUGGAGGGGUGUUGUACCUGGCGUCAUUUGUGGCGUUUGUGCUUGCCAGGGGAGUUGCGGGGGGUUGGCGACUGAAAACUAAAUUUUGA